CAAAACACAGAUGUUUUGUUAUUAUAUUUAACAUUUACAUUUUCAGAUGUAAGAACCAGGGAUUCUGACCACCUAGUUGAGAAUGUCGGGAGGAUCAAGUAGUUGGACCAUGGGGAAUCAAUCCAACAUGUUUCCCCCUGGCCCCCGUGGAGGAAACGAUUCAAAUUUCCCCCGUGUUCCUGGUGCCGGGGUAGUCGGCGGAAACGGUAUAACCUUGAAACUUCUGCUCUCCGGCGAGGAGGUUAAAUAUCUGUUCGGAGCCGAGGAGAUACUCCUGAACCAGCUGAAGCAGCAGACAGGAACUAAUAUUACUCUGACAGAACCUGGUCCCCAUGAACGUGUUCUCUCCAUCCCAGGACCUCUGGACUCGGUCUUUAAAGCUUUUGGACUCGUCUGUCGGAAACUGUGUGAGUUUGUUGUUAGCUUGUCUGAUCCAAGCAACCCUAAGAUGCUGGUCCUUCGGCUAGCCGUUCAUUCCACCCAGUGUGGAAUGGUUAUUGGAAAACACGGAGCAAAAAUCAAGGAAAUCAAGGAAAUGACUGGGGCUAAUAUUAACGUAUCUCAAGAAUCCCUCCCGGAGUCUAAUGAGAGAACGGUUGAGAUAAUUGGAACAGGAGACUCGUGUCUACAGAGUACUUUUCAAGUGUUAACAGUGUUACAGGAGAAUCCGCCAAGAGGAGAAGUUGUUCCCUACGUUCCUAAAUCUUUAAUGAAAGAUCUGUGGAAACCUAUAAUACUAGCUGGAGACAAGGCAUAUAUUAUUGAGAACGGAGUUGCUAUACUUGCUCCCCCGGAAGUUGUCAAGAAAGCUUUAGCGGAAACCCCGUUGGGAAAAAUGACCGCGGCUUUUCCCAACUUUGAUGGUCCCGGAGCCCCCGAGCAUAUGAAUCCUCUCGCUCUGAUGACCGCAAUCUCGACCUCUCAGCGUGACCGGCAGUUGGGCGGAGGUGGACCGGAGAUUGUCAAAGUGAUGAAGAUAGCGGAUGGUGUUGCUCCAUACGUUAUGGGGAAGAAUGGUUCAAAGGUUGGAGAAAUCCGGCAAAUCUCUGGAGCUAAUGUGACAGUUAGCACGGACGAAGAAAUCUCCGAGUCCGGAGAAAGAAUGAGAUCUGUGAUUAUCAAGGGAACUGCAGAAUCUGCUCUGCUAGCACAGUUUCUCAUCCAGUCCAAUAUUGAUAUAUGGAAAAAGGAACAGAGCGCGGAAUGGAACGAGGAGCAAGGAGGUUAUCAAGAUGAGUAUAUUGAGAACUCGGAUCAUGGAGAAGGGUUUGGAUCGUAUAACAGGGGGGGACCUCCAAACCAGUUCUUCCAGGGUAACCCCGGAGCAGGCAGGGGAGGAGCGUAUCCCUACCCCAGGGGCGGAAGAAGAUCCCCUAUGGACGGAAGAAGGGGGAAUAUGCAAGGCGGAGGGAAUGGUGGCGGAAGAGUAAAAGGAAGACGACGUUAAAGAUUUAUGAAUUGUGAUGGGAGUUAAGCCAGCAGUCCUUAAAAAUGUAAAAAAAUAAAAAUUUGAUAUUUUCA